GCAUUUAGCGGAAAAUCGCGCGCAUUUUCUUAACAAAACCCUACAACAGUCACUUGACAGAUCGCCCUCGGAUGGCUGUCAAAAAAAAAACAAAAGAAAUUAAAACAUAAACAAAACCGUGCCCCGUGCUGCAAUUUAUCCAAGACACGCAAGAGGCACAAAACGAAACGGAAAGAUAUUAAAAUGGGCAAACAUAAGCACGGAAAUCGAAAGCGAUACCUUUGCAACGUGGACGUCCCACUGUCCCGAUCAACUGCUAGCGUGCUGAAAUCGUCCACCGGUGAUAAUGUUAUUCCACCGGCGCCGACAUCGAUCCUGAAACCAACCACAUCUACCAGCACCCGAGCACCACAAAACCAGCAACCACCAUCAACGACAGCGGCCGCAUCAUCGGAAGCUUCGAAGUAUAAGCAACCGGAACUGCACACUACACUCGGCUUAAGCAAACGGAUCGAAACGGUAAAGAAGAUAGAACCACAGCCCAUCACCAGCAUGGGACAGCUGACGCCCAAUAGUAAAAAGCGCGUUAAUACACAGAUCACGAAACAGCUUAACCAUCAGUACGAUCAAUCGGUGUUCAAGAAGCUUGCACCGGUCAACGUAAACGAUACCGUACUGCUGCCUGCACCGGGAAGCCGUACAGCGGCGUCCGCAUCCUCCAAAUCCAAAUACCUGUUCAAGGACAAGAAAGAUCCGGAACCAACGCUCAGUGACUACCUGCGGCCGAUUCCACGCUUUACGAUCGACUUUGUACCGCACAUUCCGACCCCACACCUGGGCCGCGUGACGGCCGGUGACUCGUGGAACAACUUCCACAACAUCGAGUACGUGCAGCGGAUAAUGGAAGAGCACUGAGCACGAGAAAUACCCAUUUGAGCAUUUAUUGAAAUGUUUUUUUCCACUUUUUUUUGUUGUUGGUUUCCACUUUAGAAACGAUGAUCAUUGAACUUGUGUUAAUACAUAAUGCCGCGCCCACCGGGUUGCGGUGGUGUGCAGCGAUAUCUUACUACCAUUGCGGGGUGUUCUUCGUUUGGUUUAAAGUUUUAAUUAGCAUGAUUGAAAUGUUCAUUAAUUUGCUUUUAAAUUUUGAAUUGUUUCUCGCAAACCGCUCGCUCCCUGCUCGCUUUGUUCGUUUCCUACGUCAAUCACAGCUAUUCUAUCUGUUCCUCGAAGUUCAGCUUUCCUCCUACUCUUUCCUCAUUAUACAUUCGAAUUUGUUGUGCGUUGUUUGCUGGAAUGAACAAAUAAAUAUUUUUUUUUCUAACUAAAUUCGCAAACAAACCGUUAAACAACAUUAUUGAACACAAGAUAAAAGGUUGGAAGAGAACAGUUUUGAGGAAACAUACCGCCCUUCUCGCGCUGCCACACCGUUAAUCUGUAAGAUAUUUUAAGUUUAAUUGUAGUGUAAAGGAAGGAAUAAAAUGGCAAAGAAAAGGAACGAUUAAAACAUU